GCCGAGCGCUGGUGAAUGUGUCGGAUGCUGAAGGCAACGCUCACACCGCGCGAAUCCUGCUGGAUAACGGGAGUACGACUAACCUUAUAUCACAGGAGUUGGCUCGUAAACUUAAUAUUUCCACCUAUACAGUCGAGUCUAAGGAAUCGAGUUCUACCACCAAGCUCAGAGUCGUCUUCGAUGCAUCAGCGACCACAUCAUCAGGCAAAUCCUUUAACCAAAUUCAGAUGGUAGGUGCUCAGUUACAAGACGAUUUAUUAACAAUCUUACUCAGAUUUCGACAACAUCAGAUUGUUGUAUGUGCAGACAUCGAGAAGAUGUACAGGCAGACAAGGCUCGAUGACGUAUUUCGGCCUUUACAAUUGAUUCUUUGGAGGGCGGAGCCUUCUCAUCAGUUAAAAACAUAUUCCUUAAAUACGGUGACCUAUGGCACCGCAUCGGCGCCUUUCCUGGCAACUAGAUGCUUAUUACGACUAGCUGAAGAAUGCAGCGAUUUGUCAACGCAGUUUACAAUAGCGCAUGAUUAUUAUGUUGAUGACUACCUUUCAGGCGGGUCAUCUGUUGUGGAGGUGUUGGAGAAGUGUAGUAAGGUCAUCGCAGCUCUUCAGACUGCUAAGUACAAUCUGCGCAAGUGGCGGUCUAAUUCAUCUGAGGUGCUAGAAGGUCUUUGCCAAGAUCAUAUUAGUAGUAGUGAUUUCGUCGAUCUCAGUGAUAGUGAGACGUCUAAAACAUUAGGGCUGAACUGGAGGUGCUCAUCAGAUAUCUUUUCUUUUUCUGUGUCAAAUGCAACUUCCAGUAACAUUGCCACAAAACGUAAAAUUUUGUCUGUCAUUGCUCAGAUUUUUGAUCCCAUUGGCUUAGUUGUUCCCUGCAUAGUGGAAGCCAAGAUCAUCAUGCAGCAACUGUGGCUUGCAAAGUGUUCCUGGGAUGAGCCUGUUCCCGAACAUAUUCAGCUUUCAUGGGACAGCUUUCAAAAUAGCUUACCUUUUUUAAAUGAUUUCAGGAUACCUCGGUGGAUCACGUGUGAACUAUCAUCGUCUGUGCAGUUGCAUGUGUUCACCGACGCGUCUGAAAGGGCGUAUGGUGCUUGUUUGUAUGUCCGCAGCGUAUCGCUUAGUGGUCCAGAACGCUAACGUGAACAACUUGCAGCGGUUCCGUCGCAUCGAAUGUUUAAAGCAACAUUUCUGGUCACGCUUCUCACAUGAGUACAUUUUGUGGCUCCAACAACGAACCAAAUGGCUCCGAUCGUCAGGGGAACUUACAGAAGGAACCCUUGUCGUCAUUAAGGAUAAAGGCUCACCUCCUCUGUUAUGGCUUUUAGGACGGAUCGUUAAGGUGCUUCCUGGUAGAGACGGCAUUGCACGAGUCGCCGACAUCCGCACACGUAAGGGUGUCAUUCGGCGAGCGUUCAACACAAUUUGCCCGUUACCCGUCGCCACUGCUGUUGAAGACACUUCAACGGGGGGAGUAUGUUGAGUCGUCCCACUCGCCUCAACCGCGUCCACGACAAGUGGGGGCGACUGUGACGUCGUGGUGCAACGGCUCGCCGCGAAUCGCCGAGUCCAGAGGUCAAGACUUGCUUAUGCGCACCGGCCGCGCGCACGCGUUCUUUAGUUCUUAUAUGUACUUAAACUUUCAUUCGUAUUUGCUUAAUUGUACCUAUAUUGUUAUUCUUAAAAGUCAUUAUACGUAUUCACAUAUUAUACAGUCCACGCUUAUUAUUUACUCCACCUGCUGAGCUAUCGUCGCAACAGA